CCUGCCCUGUACUGCUCUGUUAAUGGUUUUGGAUUUUUGGACUGUUUAUCACCCUGUUUUCUGCUUGCUCUACAUUGCUCUACUUGCCUGUUUUUUGGAUUGUCUGCAAUAUGCAACUGUGCCUCCCCUGUUUUAAGUCAACUCAUGUUUAAGACCGUUAAAUUGAAAGAGUUAAUAAUAACCAGCCAUACUCAGAUAUGAUCCUCUUUGCUUGGGAUGCUUCUGUAGCCAACGUCUUUUGGUGACACCGGGGAUAAGGGAUUAAACUGAAUGUGUGCAAGGAAGAAAGAAUACAUUUCUUACACUAGCAUCUUGAAUAAUGGUUCAGAACUAAAUAUUCUAUAGUAAAUGAUGUUGUGUGUAUUGACAGUCAUAAAAUGGUUUAUUUUUGCUGGACAUUUUGCAUUUUUCUUACUUUGUAUUCUUCCUGAAGAAAUCCGUGUAUGGCUGUGACCAUGUCCUGUGGUUGUACACGUUUAUUUUGGUCUUUUUCAAGUCCCCUGAAAUUCACUGGACUAACAACCAAUCUGUGAUAUUAACGGGAAUUAGACAAAGAGAUGGUGAACAAAGAGGCUUAAAUAAAAUGAAUAAUCACACAGCACAAAACAGGUCAACAUAAUAUUAUAAAUGGGGAAAUGGGAACUACAACAAGAGAAGAGUUAAAAUAAUAUUUACAGGGCUGCCCUCUGGUGGUCUGGUAGGGAAUAGACCGAGGUAGCCAUGACACAUGCCAAUGUAAAAUAAAACAAACAAACUAGAAGUUUCUAGAAGUGUUAAGACACUUACCCCCAAUGCAUUGUCAGUUAAAUCAGUUAAACUGGCUGCAUGAGCAACACAUCAGACCUCCUUCUAAUUAUCAUACUUCAUCACAAAAGAUUCAGUGUCAGGGCUGUGCUUUAUUGUCUUUUAGUGCUGCUUUUAAUAUCAUUGAUUAUUGAACAAUAAAUAUCUUUUUAUUACUUAAUGACCUGUUAUUCAAUCUAUAAAUACAGAAGGAAAAAAAUCAGUCUCUUGUAUUCUCCUGUAAAAAAUACAGUGUAUUGCUGUAGACAUUACAGUUUACUGCUGUAACAUGAGGUGGCGUAACAGCAGGACACUGUAUUUGGUAAUAAAUGUAAACUAUUGGACUGUAAAUGUUGAUUACAGUGGUACAGAGAAAAUACAGUAAAACAGUGUAAACACAGUAAACAGUGUGGAAAACAUACACUGGAACUGUUCUGAGAUCCUAUAGGUUAAAAUAUUGCUACAGCCAAGUUUGUUUAAAGAAAGCAGUGUUUUGUGUGUAUUUAUUUAUUCAACACGGACAUUCUUGGGUACAGUUCAUUUACAAAUCUGGUGUCACUAGUAUUUUCCCAAACUGGAGAAUUAUGGGUUUGUUGUGCUUUGAAAGUGGGCACCUGCAUUAUUAUGCUAUUAUAUUAUGAUUACAUCAGGGGCAUAAAAUGAUCUUUAAAUGACAUUAAUUAUUUCUGGAACAAUAUAUCAUUCAGAGAAAGUAGUUGUCGUGACAGACCUAAUGUGUAAUCGAAUAACAAACAGGAGAAGAGAUGUUUCAUCAUGCGGGAAGUGAAACUGUACAUAUAGUCAUGUGUGUGCCAUAUGAUCCAUUAAAACACCUCCCAAGUAGGUGCCAGUAAACACACACACAGCAUCUCAGCACAACACUCCAAGACAGUCCAGUUUAUAACAGAAGGAUUCUGACAGGAUUGUGUAACAGAGAAUGGGAUCCAGUAAUUCCACUUCGACUCGACCUCCUCCCUCACGAGAAUUCCAGAGGCCUUGGAGACCAACAGAUUGGAGUGAAAAAGAUGAACUACUGCAUUAUGUGAAUGAAUUCAAACCCAGUCGUGAGGUCCUGAGGAUCAUGUUGUAUGGACCGGUUGGUGCUGGGAAAUCAUCCUUUAUCAACUCGGUCCAGAGAAUCAUAUUAGGCCGCAAUGCCAUGAGCGCUCUGGAAAGCUCCUCACAUCAAGGAACAAGCUUCACAAAAAAUUUUACCAUUCACAAGCUGAAGAAGGGCAGAGGUGAGCAUUAUCCUUUAGAGAUUGUGGACAUCAUGGGGAUUGAACCGUUAGAAGGAGGAAUCAAAUGUGACGAUAUCAUCAGUGCUUUAGAGGGACAUAUUUUAGAUGAGUACACGUUUAAUCCUGUGAAAGCCAUAUCGAAUGUUGACCCAAAAUACAACAAGGGCCCAACUUUGAGCGAUAAAGUUCACUGUCUGGUGUGUGUUCUGCCUGUGGACUCAGUUUCAAGAAUGGAAGAUGACGUCUUUGCAAAAAUGAAGCGUGUUAGAGCUCAUGCUAGCCUGCUUGAAAUCCCUCAAGUUAUUGUCAUGACCAAAGCGGAUAAAGCGUGUGAGCUGGUUAACCAGAAUUUAAAGAAAAUCUACUACAGCAGGAAGAUCAAAGAGAAGGUAGACAAGUGCAGUGAUAAUGUGGGCAUCCCACUAAACGCCAUCUACCCUGUGAAGAACUACCCUGAAUCCAUCACCCAAGAACCAGACACUGACGUGCUCAUCCUCAUGGCACUCAGAGAUAUCCUACAUUUUGCCAAUGAUUAUGUGGAACGAGAGAUGGAAAAAGAAGAGUCAUGAGAGAUAUAUAAAUAAAGUAAGAUGUUGAAUAAUCUUCAAGAAUUUAUAGCUUAGCGUAGAAAAUAGUCAGUAAUAAUAAAAAUGCAUUAAUAUUAAAAGUAUAGUAGACAGAACCCAGUAGAAGUGCCCAAUACAGGUUUCUUCAGAAAAAAUUACGUCUAGAGAACCAUCGCUUACCUAUAAAACUAAGGAAAAUGUCGUUUCAGUAAGAGACAAUGCGAAAAGAUCACUGAUAUAUGAAUAAGAAAAGUUGAAGGAAUAGUUGUCAUUUUCAUACUAAUCACUAAACAUUUGGUUUCAUUUAACAAUAUGGCUUCCAUGACCUCAGUACUGCUUUUUUUAUUACCACAAUUUUGUUUUUAAUGAAAUUUCAUUAAGUGAUUAAGCUGCAACUUAAUUCCAAAUAAUUGCUGUUGUUCUGUCUAAAUGUUGCAAUUUGUCCUUAGCUGUGAGCAAAAUUCAAGUAGACUCUCACUUCAUCUUUUAAAAAACAGGGCCUCCAUCUCUCUUUCACUUCAUUGUUUUACACUGCAGCAAACAGCCGUCCAAACGUUUCAGUUGUGUACUGCAACAGCUAUAUAUGGUUAAAACGACAAUAAAAGCUUCUUGACUUGACUCUUGAAUUUUGCAUUGUAUUACAUCCUCAAAAUGGUCACCAUGAUGGCACCUGAAUGACACGGAGUUCUCACAUAACACUUAUAAGUUCCUUAAAUUUGCGUUUCCAUCCUGCUAACAAUGGGAAAGUGUAAUAAAGUGCCAAGAGAACGAGUUUCACUUCAGCCAUGCCACGUCCAGCAUAAUCAUUAUACGUACCUUUCUUACAUCGUUACCAAACCAUGAGGAUAAAGGUGUGGUAUAUUUUGUUUCACUUCUUAAAAAAUCCAUUUUAACUCAUAGAAUUUAUUCACAUUGCAUCAUAUUUAAUAAAUUAUUUAUUGUCACAUUGUAUUGCAAUCAUGUAUUUCAUCUCCUGUUCAUCUCCAUCCACUCCAGGAUCUUCUACAUAAAGAUAAGGAUAUUCUCUAUAA